AAUUCGAGCGGGAAAAGAAAACCAUAAACAUAGCUGUGAACGUUAAAUCCAUUGAGCGGGUAGAAUCCUGGAAAAUUGUGUUUGAGUGGACGUGUUUACAAUGUGAUGGUUUUUUAUCCAUGAUUUGUGUACAUUUGAAAUAUUUUUGAGUGGAUUUAUCUUAAUUUGUACCAGCAUAUCAACUUAAGAAUGGCCAAUCUGGAAAUUACUCGGACUCGUACGGCGCUUGCUGAGAUUGCAACAGAGCUUGGCAUUCCAAUGCAGCAUCCUUCAGCUAUCCCAUUUGCAGCGACCAGAAGAAAUGCUUUGAAUCCUGGGCUGAUCGACAGUCCCGCUGCCAAUAUCCCCGACAGCUAUCUCUCGCCUAGAAUGUCUCCAGAUGAAGCUGUCAUUCAACAGCGGGGCCGUCGUCGAGUUCCCAUCAUGUGGAGUCCGGAAAAAGGAUUGCAGUCUCCUAAUAAGACACCAACUAAAAGUAUCUCCGCUAUGACGCUGAGAAGCUCUCCUCGGAAGCGCUCUUUGAUUAAAGAGUUAUCCAGUGCUCGUAUUUCGGAACCCGAUGCAAGUAAUUCAUCGCCAACGACUAAACGGAACACGCCCUCUAAAGGAUCCCUUGGUAGUGCGAAAAAAAUUCGUUUGCAGGAAGGAUCAAUAUACCGGUCCAAGGAUGAAGUUCCUCUGGAGAUCUUGCUUAAGGGUUACAGCCAAGAACAGCUGAUUUCGAUGAUAACCGGGAUGAUACAGGCUAAUCCAAAACUCGAAGACACCAUUAGGUCUGAAUUGCCGAUUCCGGAUAUAGCCCCAUUAGAGGAACAGCUGGGUUACCAGAAGAAAAAUAUUUUCAAAAGUCUGCCAGUCACCCGGUUAGUCAGCAAGACGGAUAGCCCAGCUUUUGCUAGGGCUGCAACUCAUCUAGCUGCUUUCAAAAAAACCUUGAUCGACCAAAGCCAAACGCUACAGAACUCGAAGCAUUGGGACGCUCUACUGGACUACGUUAUAAUGGCAUGGAACUACGUUCGUUCAACUCCGACUUGGGACAAUCAUGCCCACAAUGCUGUUCGCAGACACUGCUUUAAAAUUCUCUCAUAUCAUGCUAACAGUGCACUGAAAAACGGAUCCACGGCCCUGGGAAAGGAAAGGAUUGAUCGCUUCCAGGCAAAGUUGAAAUCAAUGGCCACUGAUUGCGAAGAUAUCAAUGAUUGCAAUGUUUGCCUUGGUUACCUGUUGAACAAAAUGUGAAAUUGUUCAGUCUUUCUAAAAUAAUAGUGUUAAUACCUAAUUCUUCAGCGCGACUAUGAGGUUAACUG